GGUUGAGCAGCUUAGCUGCAUUUCAGGACAGGGAUCAUUGACUCCAAGAUAAAUCACGCUCACAGUGCAUAGUGAAACACAUUAGGAUUCAGUAGAACACUGUGUGCACAUAGGUUACAUAACAUCCUGGAGAUUAUUGGAAAUAUAAAAGAGGUCAUUGCACAAUGCUAGUAUGUACAUGACAAUAAUAGUGCAAUUGUGCUGUAUAACCUGCUGUAUUUGGAAAGCGUCACCAGAACUAUGAUAGAAGUUGUCCUGUUUAACAGAGCUACUUAUAACAUUCAUAUUAGUAAUUAGGUAAAAGUGUUAAAGAGAUAUAGAAAAGAGAUAUCGUCAGCUGAAGUUGUUGGGGAGAUUGAUACCUGCUCACAGCUGAAUUCCAGGCAGCGAUCACAGCCAGGAACACACUGCAGUCAGUCUCUCUGCAGAAUUUUGGUUUCCUUGCGCUCGAAGCAAAAGAAGAAAUCCAGAGGCAGCAUAUUCAAAAUGAGUCGAAGAAGGAUUUCAUGCAAAGAUUUGGGAAAUGCUGAUUGCCAGGGUUGGUUGUACAAGAAGAAAGAAAAAUCAUUUCUCGGCAACAAGUGGAAAAAGAUUUGGGCAGUUUUGAAGGGUUCAUGUUUGUACUGGUAUACCAGUCAGAUGGCUGAAAAAGCAGACGGAUUCAUCAAUCUUCCGGACUUCAUCAUAAACCCUGCAAUCGAAUGCAAGAAAAAACAUGCUAUGAAGAUCAGUCACCCGAAGACCAAGACGUUUUAUUUUGCUGCUGAGAACAGAGAGGAAAUGAACAAAUGGCUAAAUAAACUAGGUCUUGCUGUAAUUACGCCACAAGUGGAUGAUGAAAAAGACGAUUGCUGGAGUGAAAGUGAACACGAAGAACAGGAUAUCACAGCAGAACCUCCUUCCUUUAUAAUACAUAAUUCACCUUCAAAUUCUUCUGAACUUACAAUGUCACUACGUAAAAACUCCCUAACUCGGAACUCUGGAUCCUCCUUGUGUAUCAUGGACUAUCAUGAGAAAAUAUCACACAAUCGUAUCACAAACAGCUCCUCUGCUCCAGAGCUGGAGAAAUUGUUCAUGGAACAGAACCAUCACCAAAAAGGAGAUGCUCAAAUGUUAAAAACAGAGUUUGGGUCCCUAAGCUAUAUUUCCAAAGAAGAUGAGACAGUAUUAAACAGCGAUAUGCCUUCAUUAUCUAUCGGUAUGGAGGGUUUACACAUGAAAGUUAAAGAUCCAGAUGAUGAUGAAAUGGAGAGGUUAUAUAAAUCUUUAGAGCAAGCAAGUCUAUCACCCAUUGGAGUUCGGCGUCCCUCUACCAAAAGAGACCUGAGGAAGUCCUUUAUCAAGCGUAGUAAAAACCCAUCCAUAAAUGAGAAAUUGCACAAGAUCAGAACUUUGAAUAGUACAUUGAAGUGUAAAGAACAUGACCUGGCAAUGAUCAACCUGUUGUUGGAAAAUGGAGAAAUCACUAGUGAGAAAUACAGAGAAUGGAAGGACACCAACACAAUGCUGUUUCAGGAUAUAUACUCACCACCUUGUUCUAGAGACUGCCCUGGCGAUACAACACAAGUUUCAAGUGAAACAAAGACCUCUGCAGUUGUAAACAUUUCCUAAGGAUUUACAUUGUUGUCAAGUAUUUGACCACAUCAUGUUGUACUUCAGUGACAUAAUCAAACACUGUGAGAGCAGUCCCUCUUUUUCAAAUAUACUUACUGAUGCAGAUGGGAGCCCAGAUAGUUUUACUUGUCCACUGUGUAUUUAUAUAGUUGAAGAAAUUGAUGAUCUUUGCACCACACACUUCUCACUAUGGAUAGCAUAUGAAUGGAUGCUGACUACCGGAUAAAUUUCCCACAAAAGGGGAUCACUCCAUUGUAGUGCUGCAAUGUGAUCAUUAUAAUUACUUGCUACAAAUGUUAAAUACUUGUGGACAUGCUAAUAAAAUAUUUUAAUUUAUUCAUGUAUAUAAAUAAUUAUAUCUGGACAAAUUUCUUGCAGACAUAAAAUAUACACACAGAUGUGACUGUUUAAUAAGAAAUCUAUUCCACUCCCUACUGUGGAUCUUGAACAUUACGUAUCAAAUAACAUGAAAUCAGAAAUUCACUUGGACUAAGAACAUUUAAAAACAAAUUUUCGGGUAAUUUUCCAACAAUUACACAUCAGUGCAUCUAUAUUCUAGUGGUAGAAUUUUCUUAUGCAAUGGGAUAGUAUGUACUUAACCUCAUAGUUAAUUGCAGACCCUCCAACAUGACCCAUUCCAUUAGGUACAAAAUGCUCUGCUCCUGGACUUCCCUCUUAAUUUAUGAUUUCCAUCACCUGUGCUGAACUAGUUAAAUGAUAAGAAAGCUGUUUCUUCACAGGUGAUGGCAAUAAUAAAUUUAGAGAAGUCCAGGAGCAGAGCAUUUUGUACCUAGUGGAGUGGGUCAUGUUGGAGGGUAUAUAAUUGUCUCUUUUAUAUGUAAUACUCUUGCGUCCAUUGCACUUCUAGUAUGACUGGCGGUCCCACAUAGAAACGGAUGGGACAUAUGGCAUAUAUCCAAUGGGCACCCAGCCACAUCUUGAUUUGGCUCAGUCUGUGUUGCUAGCUACGAUGCUCCUUUUUAACAAAGGGAAUGUGAUGCAGUUAUAUUAACACAGCACAAUCAACGUUAUAAGUGUUUGAAGAUUGAUGUUACUAUUUGCUCAUGAUAAAUAUUUUCCACCUGUACAUUUAGAACUGCACAAGGGUCUGCUGCUUUAGCACAGGGUUUCUCAGGCUGCAAUACAUGUUCCAAGGAAACUUCAGACUGGCAGUACUACCACCAAUUGAAUUAAACUCAAAAUAACAGUAUAAUUUAUAAGUGACAAAUAAAACAUUCAAAACAAUUUA